UUAAGCCCAAAUAAAUUUCCAGCCUAAUAGAGCAGCUUUACCAGGAACUAAUUACGGUAUAAAAACCGAAGAACCGUCCAAUGAUCACUAGAGUGGAUAAACGUGGUAACGAUGCAUUUAGUGAAAUUGGGUGCGGUUGUGGUGUUUUCAGCACUGUUCACGGUUGGAAUAUUAGCCCAAGACGAUGGCAGUUAUCGGCCGUCGUCCACGACAAGGAGACCCUUUUAUUCCUUCCCAGUGAUAUCAACGACUAGAAGACCAUAUGAGGGUCGUUACAUCGCAGGAAAUGAUGGUCGCUACCGAGGAGGAAACGAUGGACGUUAUAGGGCCGGUGAUGGUCGCUAUGUUCCCAAUCCUAACGAAGGACGCUAUGUUCCCAGUGAUGAAGGCAAAUAUUCACAUCGGGAUGUACCUUAUAGGCCAGGCGGUGGAGAAUACACAGGGGGAUAUAAACCUGACAAGGAUGCUUCCUACAGGACGAGUACAACAUUUCGUCCAACUCCUACGACGACUUCUCGUUCAACUGCUUCCUUCCGACCUUAUACUUAUUCUACAACACAGAUUGCAGCCCGACCAACUGUGAAGGGAAAAGGAACCGGUGAAGGACGAGGUGGAUGGAAAAUCAUACGUUCAGAAAAGGAGGAGGCAGAAGAUGGCUAUCAUUAUUUAUUUGAAACCGAGAAUGGCAUACUAGGAGAGGAAUCUGGCCGUGUUGAGAACGUUGGAAAAGACGAGGAAGGCUUGAAAGCUACAGGAUUCUAUGAAUACACAGGGGAUGAUGGCAACUUAUACCGAGUAGAAUAUUCCGCAGAUGAGAAUGGCUUCAACCCGAAAGGCGAUCAUAUUUGGCCAAUUCCUGAUUCUGUUCGACGAACCUUAGAGUGGUUACGGGCGAAUGGCGAAUUAGAUCGCUGAGUCAGCGCUUCUCAGCAGUCUAAUUCUAUUCUUUUAUUAAAUAACCUUAGCCAGUAUAUGAUUUGAUAACGGACUCAAUAAAGCGAUGCCAUUUUCAAUA